AUGGAAGUUCUUGAAUGUGAAAUGCCAGGGAUUCCCAUUGAGUCCUCGAAUCUAGAAAUUUUAGAAACACCGACGCAGUUUUAUGAGAAGCUUCUUGAACUCACAACAAAAUCUGAAAGAAGAAUAGCGUUGAGCAGUUUAUACUUGGGAGAAGGGCUUUUAGAAAAACAAUUAGUUUCCACGAUUCGAGAAAGAAUGGAUCAGGUGGAAGAUAUCGAUGUGACGAUUCUGCUCGAUUUAUUGAGAGGAACAAGAAGAAGUUCAGAUGGGGAAAGUAGUGUGACGGUGAUGAAACCGAUUUCCGAUCGAGCCAAGAUAUUCCUCUAUCAUACACCCGAAUUAAACGGUCUUGUAAAACGAGUUCUACCUCAACGAGCUGACGAAAUCAUCGGAUUACAGCACAUGAAACUGUAUAUUUUUGAUGAUAAUGUUCUCAUCAGUGGAGCGAAUCUCUCCUACUCUUAUUUCACAGACCGAACCGAUCGAUGGUUUCUUUUCAGAAACUGUAAAACGUUAGCAGAUUUUUUCUAUGAAAUCAUCACUACUGUUGGUGAAUCCAGUUUCAUAGUACAAAACGAUGAAGUAGUUCCCAGCUCGAAAUGUGAUGUUCAUCCGUAUCUUGGAGGAUCCCAGUCAUAUAGAGAUUUACUAAAACUACGAGUCGAAAGUGUUAUUGAAAAGUAUCGAGAAGCUCGGAAAAGCGACAAAACAGUUUCUGAAACAUGGAUUUAUCCAAUUUUACAAAUGGGUCUUCUUGGAAUCCAUCAAGAAUAUAAUCUUCUGAAUAAAGUGUUUGCAAUGAAAGAUGCUCAAAUAAAAAUGACAAUGGCUUCUGGCUACUUCAACUUCAUUCGAGACUAUGAAGAUUUGAUUCUGAAUGAAGGAACUUAUCAACUGGAUAUUCUCACUGCAUCUCCUUUCGCAAAUGGUUUCUUUGAAUCAAAAGGUUUCUCGAAAUACAUUCCACCAUUAUAUUCUAAGAUAUCUGAGCAAUUUCUGUUGAAAAUGCAGAGAAGAUACCGAUCCGUUCAUCGUGAUUUGGAGGCUCAAGUCAUGAUUGUCACAACUGAUCCGAAUUUGAUGAGUCGGUUACGAGAAGAGAAAGAUCGGUUAUUCAAAUUCUCAACACAUUUGGACAUGGUUGCUCUUCAACAACCAGAACAUCAUAUACCACCAAUAAUUCGUGUUAUUUCAAGACUUGUUAGAAGUUUUUUGUAG